AUGUCAUACGUAAGUGAAAAGCUGGCGACGGCAGAUUUUAACGAAGUUAAAGUGAAAUUGACAAUGGUCGAAGAUAUAUAUAAAAAUUAUCUUGCUUUACUUGACGAAUUUGACAACUUCGAAGUUCCGGAUCUGGACCCUUUCAUAGAAAAAUUCGAAGAUGACUACAUCGCCAUUAAAGGUAAAUUAGAAAACAGUAUCGAAAAAUUCUCUAAUAGCAGUGCAGUUCCAGGUUUUAAAAGACAGUGUACAACUGAAUCUGGUGGUAGCGGUAGUUGUUGUUCUUCUUCAAAAGCUACGAUUAAGUUACCAAAGUUGGAGUUGAAGAAAUAUGGUGGUAAUCUACUUGAAUUCGAAUCGUUUUGGUCUUCGUUCAACUCAGCUGUACAUAAUACUGAUUCAGAAGCAACUGAUAAAUUUACGUACUUGAGAAAUAACCUGGUAGGCGAAGCUGAAUUAUUGUUGAAAGGUAUGGGUACCACUGCUGCAAACUAUCCAAUCGCAUACGAAAUGGUAAAAAAGAAGUUUGGUAAUAAAAAGAAAUUAAUUGAUUUAUUAUACGAUAAUUUAACGAAAAUUCCAAAAAGUAACAAAUGGACUAAAAAUUUGCGAAAUACUUACGAUAAUAUUGAAUCGAAUUUACAUGCUUUAGAAGGUGUAGGUGAAAAUAUUCAAAACAACACCAUACUGUAUUCGAUGAUUAUGAAGAAGUUUCCGUUUGAUAUAAUUAUGAAAGCCGAUUUGGAUGUUGCAAGUAACGAUUUAUCCGAAUUGAGGCAGAAAGUUGGCGAAUUGAUAUGGAAACAAGAGCAGUAUUGUGGUACUAAUUGGAGUACUACAGAGAGCUUGAUAACUGGUGAUAGAAAACCAAGUAAAAAAUGUAUCUAUUGCGGUGAAACGUCACAUUAUUCCGAUGAAUGCAGCAAAAUAACGACAUUGGAAGACAGAAGAAAGAAAUUAAAUGGUCGUUGCAUCAUUUGUUUGAAUCCUGGUCAUCUCGCUAAAGACUGUACGAAGUUAGUAAUCCUGAACCAACUGAAUCUUUACUAA